AUGGUAGAUAAUUAUCAUUCGUCGCUGGACGGGGCAAAGACACCUAUCCAGUCCGAUGGAUCAGUGCAGAAGUCUGACUUGGUUGAGACCGAUGGACCGUCCUCGGCAUCGUCACAGAUCGCAGCUCCAACGGAGUCAAUCGCAGACAGCGUUCGAAACUUCCUUGAGAUACGCCAGGGCAGCAUUCCAGAUGAUACCGGUGUGAUAUUUGACAACAUAUCAGCCGUGGGAAGUGGAACUGGAUCACAAGAUGCACCCACUGUCACGUCGGCGGCUCAAUCAGCCUUUGGGCUGUUAAGUCCUCUGCAAAACAGACAAAGAAAGCAGUAUUCCCGACCCAUUCUCAGCGGAUUCUCAGGCACGAUAAACUCCGGAGAAAUGUUGCUGGUAUUAGGUAAACCGGGGAGUGGAUGUACAACUUUCCUGAAGACACUGUCAGGUCUGUGGGAUGAAUAUAAGGAGAUACAGGGUGAACUCACUCUGGGUGGCCAUCUGUUGCAAGAUGUUAUGGCACAGCGGCCACAAGAUAUUCUCUUCUGCGCCGAGUCCGAUGACCACUUUCCUACAUUGACCGUCGCGGAGACCCUGCGUUUUGCAACCAGAGCACGAUGCGGCCCCAACGUCUCAGCUCGUGAGAUUGACACAAUGGUUGCUCAGCUGGCCAAGCUAGUCGGUCUUUCAAAUGUCCUGAAUACCAAGGUGGGAGAUGCGAAGAUUAGAGGAGUGAGCGGUGGAGAGCGACGGCGUGUGUCUCUCGCGGAGGCCCUAGCCACCUGUGCCCGUCUGAUCUGCCUGGAUAAUCCAACACACGGACUGGACUCGUCCACAGCGGUCGAAUUUAUGGAAAUGAUGCGCGAGUGGACGACGCAAAGUCGAUGUGUGGCCGCGAUGAGCGUCUAUCAAGCCAGUGAUGCCAUUGUUUCCUACUUUGAUAAAGUACUAGUGAUCAACUCUGGUCGCCAGAUCUACUACGGCCCGGUGCAGGAAGCAAAGGCAUAUUUCGAAGAUCUCGGGUUUGAGUGCUUAUCAACCACCACUAUUGCCGACUUCCUCAAUGUCAUGUCCGCUGAUCCAGACGUGAGACGAGCCCAGGAAAACAAAGAAAACCAGGUUCCACGAACAGCGGAAGAGUUUGAGCGUGCGUUCAGUGCGAGUCGCAUCUACCAGGAAAUGCAAACGUCAGUUCAGGUGGCCAAGGAGCGAUCCAAAGCUCACCCCAGUGCCCUUGUCAAAGCAUCAUCUUUUGCUCUACCUAUCUGGCACCAGAUUUGGUACUGUGCCAGCCGCCAAUUUCGCAUCGUCACCAGUGAUUAUAGCUUGUGGGCGGUGGAGCUCACCACCAUCGUCAUCCAGAGUAUAGUAUUGGGUACACUGUUCCGGAACCAGCAGCGAACUACAAAUUCCCUGUUUAUCUUCGCAUCUUCCUUGUUCUACUCCGUCCUAGUGCCCGCCCUGCAGUCCAUGGCGGAAUUCGGUAAUGGAUUUGCUCAGCGGCCGCUCAUCCUGAAACAGAAACGAUAUCAGAUAUCUCGCCCGAUUGCCUACGCGCUUGGCCUGGUCACGACGGAUGUCGUAUGGAAGGUAGCAGCGAUCUGUUAUAAUAUCCCCUUAUACUUCUUGACUGGAUUCCAACGGACCGCUGGGAACUUCUUCACCUGGUUUUUGAUUAUCUACCUGGAGCAUCUCGCCUUGUCUAUGUUCUUCCGCUCUGUCGCCAUCUUCUCUCCCAACAUGCAUCGAGCCGUGCUCCCGGUGGGAAUUUUCUUUAACAUGUAUGUCCUUUACACGGGAUUAUACGUGCCUGCACCACAGAUGCAAGUAUGGCUCGGGUGGUUGCGAUAUCUAAAUCCCCUAUAUUACGCAUUUGAGUCUGUGAUGGUAAAUGAAUUCAGAGACCUGAGCUACCAGUGCAGUGCCUCAGAUCUAGCCCCAGCAGGGCCAGGAUAUACCGACAUGGCCAAUCAGGUCUGUACUGUAGUAGGAUCGCAGCCUGGGAAUAGUCUCUUGUCCGGGGCUUCAUACAUUCGUGCCCAGUACGGAUUCGAAACCUCCCACCUCUGGCGGAAUGUAGGCAUUAACGCUGCCUUGUUCAUAUUCUUUGCCCUUUGCUCUGGAAUCGGGAUGGAGAUGCUGAAAACACCUGCGGGUAAAUUGGCUACCGUAUUUUAUAAGAGCGGUCCACGAGGAAUACAUCGCCGUGAUAAAGUCGAUAGCGAAACUGGACCAGUCCGUGAGACUGUGGAGAUAUCUGGUGGCCAAAUCAAUGGCGAACAUCGGUCACAAGAACACCAGGACUCUGACAAGAGCCACAAUCUUGCAUGGACUAAUCUUUGUCUCGACAUCAAAACCAAGGAUGGCGAGCAACGUCUACUGAACAAUCUGAGCGGCUCAGUCAAAAGUGGACAACUCAAGGCUCUCAUGGGAGUUUCGGGUGCCGGAAAGACAACCCUGCUGAAUGCACUUGCCGGUCGUUCCAUCGGCACUCUCACAGGAACACUGGCGCUCAACGGUCAAGUGCUUCCCACAUUCUUCCGAAGUCGAAUGGGCUACGUUCAACAGCAGGACAUUCAUCUUCCCACCCAGACUGUGCGUGAGGCAUUGCAGAUGACAGCGCGACUUCGACGCCCAGAGUCCAUAUCUGUAGCAGAAAAGAAUGCCUACGUCGAGAAAGUGAUCGAAUGGCUGAAUAUGGAACAUAUUGCGGACGCCCUUGUCGGUGUCCCAGGGGCCGGACUCAACCUUGAACAACGGAAGAAAGUCAGUAUUGGCGUGGAGAUGGCAUCAAAACCAGAGAUUCUCUUCCUGGAUGAACCGACUUCUGGUCUCGAUGGUCAAUCUGCUAUGUUGAUUGCUCGCUUGCUUCGUCGUCUAGCAGACUCGGGUCAAGCUAUCCUGUGUACGAUUCAUCAACCGGCAGCCGAGCUCAUCGACCAGUUUGACAAGUUGUAUCUGCUGAGCCGCGGAGGUAACUUGGUUUAUGAUGGUCCCUUGGGACCCCGCUGCCAUGAGGCAAUCCAGUAUUUCCAGCCACGGAGUCGCCCCUGUGGCCCGGAAGAGAACCCAGCAGAGUAUUUUCUGUCGGUAAUUGGUGCUGGGUCUCGAAACGACGCCCAUAUGGACUGGGCUAGUCUCUGGAAUGACAGUCAGCAAGGCAAGGAGCGAGAGAAGGUGGAACAGAGCCUGGUCCCUGCCGUACAACAAGCACCAGCGCUGGAGCAACAGUCCUUAUAUUCAGUGCCGUUCCAUGUACAGCUGUGGGUGGUGGUUCAGCGAACGUGGCUCUAUUACUGGAGAGAGCCUGAUUAUGUCACGUCAAAGCUCUGGAUGAGCGUCGGCAACGCCCUGCUCAACUCCCUCACGUACCUGCAGUCCCCUAACACGGAGCGAGGAGCGUACAAUCGGGUCUUCUCUGCCUUCAUGUCACUCAUUGUUGGCCCCCCGCUAGGGUUGCAGGUGCAACCGCGCUUCGUAACUCUACGGGAUAUCUUUGUCCACCGGGAGCGGGAGAGCUUAACAUACCACUGGAUGGCGUUUGUCUUGGCUGCAUUUAUUGUGGAAUUGCCCUUCACGUUCCUCAGCUCGCUUGUCUAUUGGCUAUUGUGGUACUUCCCCGUUGGCUAUUUCUAUGCCCCCUCGCGCGCAGGAUACAGUUUCCUCAUGUACGAGCUCUUUGGUGUGUUUGCCACCAGUCUGGCUCAGCUGUGCGCAUCUCUGAUGCCUAAUAUCGAGGCAGCCUUUGCGGCCAACGGAUUCUUCUUCAUGUUCUGCAAUACCUUCGCGGGUACGCUUUCACCAAAGCCGGUGACACCCUCGGGCUGGCGCUGGUUUUACAACAUCUCCCCUCUCUUCUAUCUGGGUGAGGGCGUUACUGUGGACGUAUUGCAGGAUUUGCCCAUCCGAUGCGAUGAGUCCGAGGUUUCAAUCUUCCACGCGGCGAAUGGCACCACCUGUGGUCAAUACGCCCAAGAGUUCUUGAAAAGUGCCACAGGAUAUCUACUCAACCCCGCCAGCACGGCAGAUUGUCAAUACUGUCGGUACCGUGAUGGACAAUCAUACUACCAACAAUAUGGUUAUGAGUUUGCUCAUCGGCAUCGAAACAUUGGCAUUUUCAUUGGGUUUAUUGCAUUCAACUUCACCAUGGUUCUGGUUAUGACCUAUCUCACCAAAACGCGCCGUCAGUGA